GCCUUGUAUGAAACUAAUUAAGGUCGCGUGAACAAAAAUGAGGUGGAUUUAAACGGCACUUGACAUUUCAUACAUCCUAACUCAUGUUUGCUUACAAGAAGAUUCCGCGUAGAAAAUCUCAGAAUCAUCACGAUGACACUGAUGCGAAUAGUAACCGGAAUAAGCAAAAACUUUUUGUCACUAUGUUUGAAUCCAAACGAGCGCAGAUAAUUGUAUACUUGCCAAGUAGACGUCUAUGUUCUUGCUUCAUUUUACUUGGUCAUGACACACACCUCGCGGUUUAUGGUAAAGCGAGAUUUACUCACUUGUGUGGACCAACGAUCACUAUAUGGGGAGGAAAUAUAGGAUCUAAUCCUUCCACUUCAUUUAAUCUUUAUUCAUCCACUUCACACACUCCAUUAUCUAUUACUCAAUGCCCACACGUUGAGUGGAAAUAUGUACAUAAAAAUACAACUCAGGGACUUCAAUCUUCCGAAACCAAAGUUGCUCUAGAGAAUUUGUGUGAUCCAAGUGAUGUUCAAUUUUUGACGAGCCGUCUUGUCAAAGAAAUAAGUGCUUUUCAGGAAGAUGUGACCAUUUUACAUUUCAGUCCUUGCCAGAGUCGAGUCCUUGACUCAAUUUCUGAGAUUAAGCGGUUUCGUUUUUUGUUUCAUCUGCCAUCAGAAGGCACUGUACCAAAUGCCUCCUUAGCUAAAUUACUUGGAUUCACUUUCCUCGAGCAUGAUGGAAGCCUUGGAUAUCAGGUUGCACCAGAAGUUUCACAUAUUUCACUGAAACUCAACUCUGUCCCCGUAGUUGCUACUCGUGAUGAUUGUGUGAGGAAAUUAUUAAUUUGUGGUCCGAAGGGUGCUGGAAAAUCAUCUCUACUGCGUUUUUUAUCAAACAAAAUUCUUACAGAUGUGAAAUAUCCACUUGAAGAAAAAUGUGUUGCAGUUCUUGAUUGUGAUAUUGGUCAACCUGAAUUUACUCCAAAUGGAAUUAUAAGUUUGUGUUUGGUCAAACUGCCAUUGUUUGGUCCUCCAUAUACUCAUACAUUAUCCACCAAUGUAAAUAUUCUUCGUCAGUGUUUUGUCGGUUGCAUUACACCCUCUGAUGAUCCCAGUUUCUACUUGAAAUGCCUCAACUUUGUAUAUGAUGCUUACGUUAAUUUACCUGAACCAAAACCGCGUUUACUAGUCAACACAAUGGGCUGGAUGCAAGGGCUUGGAUUAACAUUGUUGUUGGAGCAAAUACUGUUAGUUAAACCAGACCUAAUCGUUCAGCUUCGUCUUACGGGAUCUUCAAAUAAUCGCACAAACGUUCCAGAUCUAAAUAGUAGUUCGUUAAAAACUAUGGACACCUGGAAUUCACGGGACAUUUCCAACGAAACAUUCAAUCAUGAUGUGAUUCUUAUAGAAUCUAACAUCAAAUUAUACAAUGAUAAUACAAUAAAUGACCCACGAUACAAUCUUGGUCCUCCUGAUCAUCGCGAUUUAAUGAUGCUGACUUAUUUUAUGUCUACUUUGGCUUGUGCAUAUACUAGCUUACCUUCUAGAUUAAAAGAUGAAUCUCUUGGACAUCCAGUAGCACAUUUGCUGGAUUGUAUCCCUUACCAAGUUCCUGUUACUGUUCCAUCUAAACAACAAAAUGCAUGUGAAAAUGUAAAUGAACAGAAAAAUGUAAUACUCAGUAGCUCUGUUUCUAUGUCCGAUGUUCAGCACAGAACAUUAGAAAUUGAUUCGUUAAACACUAAUAAGAAUGAUUCAAAUCACUUGGCCUUUCGGAUAAUGCGCCCAGAUUCUAAACUAUUUGCAGAAGAUUCUGCUUUUCCAUCAAGUGUCGAUAAUUUAUUAGCUUGUUUAAAUGCUACUCUAGUUGCCCUUUGCGUUGUACCACAACAUAAUUGAUUUUUAAUUCCAUCUUGUGUAUGUGUAAGUUUAAAUUUUAAAAUCGUUUUAUUCAUCAUAUUGCCUUUAUGGUUUUGUUAUGCAAGUUUGUUAAAACCAUAAACUUACCACACCUAGUCAAUCAUCCCUAUUAUUAAAAUGAAAUUAACAUAGUGAAUUAGUUUGCCUUACAUUUAUACAUACGACUGUUUAUACUUUAAAUCAUUGUUCAUGGAAAUUUGCUUUAAAUCUUCUUAUCAUGACAAUAAAGUUCGAUUGAUAAAUCCGUAACUAGUUUUUUCUGUUAUAUCCUAACGAAGUAUAAAUGAAUGGUAACGGCUAGAAAUUAUUUAUGGACUAAUAUUAUACAUAUAUUCUUAUUGUAUAACUAUUAAGUAACUAAAUUAUAUUUAUAUUCAUAUUCAUUUUAUUAUAAGCUCCCAUUCGACCUAUUGACUGCUAUUAUACGAUUGAAUAUUCUUAAGUUAUCCCUGAUCUACAGCCUCCCACACUCACAGCCACUUUUUGGCUUGAUCUUGCAUAAUUGUUAUUUUCUAUUUUAUGGUAUGAUGCGGUCUGGUUUGUUUGUAUAUAAACCCAGUGUGUCUGAACUAUAUGAUUCAUACGAUGGAAACUGGGAUUUGUGUUCUGGGCUCAAACGGAUAGGGCUGGAUGAGAAGAACCAAUAAGAAUUCAGAAUUGACUCUAGGCUGCUCGUACCCGUUAACACGUCAUUGGUUUGACACAGUGCUAGGAUUAUAUAAGUCGUAUUCUGAUUGGCAAUCACAAUACGUGAUAAUUAACCGGGCAAAAGACAGGACAUUUUCCUUGCUUUGUUAUAAUUUAAUAUAAUCACUGAAGAUGUGAUUUUUUCUAUGAUUCCUUUACCAUAUUUAAAGUUAAUCAUAUGAUCUGUGGCAACAGUUUUUCAUCAUAAGGCCUAGUGAUUUAAUUCUUCAUUUGUAACUGUAAUACCUAGUGAGAGGAAUUAACUAAAAUACUUGUUUAAAUUAUACUUUCCAUUUUAACAUUUAUUGCGAAUGAAUUUCUGGAUAUUCGUUCAUGUCUCAGAUACAAGGUAUAAUCUCUCAUCUGACAGAUUUAAACUGAGAAUCCUCUUUUUUGUUUUGACUAAUCAAGGAAAUUAUGGUAUUAAACAACAAACAACUCUUGAAAAAUUAAUUAUUUCAUCUCAUCAUUUUAUUAUAAAUAGUCAAUACCCUAUUAUUUGAUCCCUGUCUAGCUGACUAACCAUGACAUAAUUCUCUUUAUGUUUAAACGUCGUUGUAAGGGAAAAUAUGAAUAACAUCUAUUUCAUUUGCUGAAAACAAAAUGUGCACAAAUAACUUGACAUUUCACGAGACUAAUCAUUUAAUAUGCACAUCUAUUGUCAUCUAAUAUUCUACCAAAGUUUAAUGAAAAUACUAUUAGUAGAAAAAUAAAAUAUUAUUUUUUUAGCUACAGACAAUUUAUUUAAGUCGAUGUACAGGUCAACUGAUCACACAUGUAAUAUCCUAUCAAUGAAAGUAAGGAAUAUCAGGUAACUGUCAUUUUUAUUUUAUAGGUUACACGUAUUGACAAAUUAAACUGGGUACUACGUGUUAGACAUAGCUCCUCUCCUACGCUUAAGUUUGUUAACGUUUACAUUUUUCAAUCCCUUCAGUUAAUUUAUAUCACAGACCGUGUUAUUCUAACAGUAGCAAUUUGUAUAUCUUGGUAUUAUUAUCAUGUUUGUGUGAAUAUGUAUGUUUGAUUCGCUUCUGCAUUCACUCACUCGCUUGCAUUAGCGUUUUUGCUCUAUUUCUUUUGGUGUGCUUAUGCCUUAAUGACCUGUACUGUUCAAUAAUAUACUUAAUUCGGCUCUUCGUGUUGCCUACUGAGUUUGUAAACAGUUUGGAUCUUUAUAAAAAAAGAUGGAUAGUGGCUAGUAGUGGAAUCCAGGGCGCACGUUUCGUCCUAUUUGGGACUCAU